AUGGCGACCCCAGACAGCAAAGCAGUCGAGUCCAAGAUAAUGAGUAAACCUCAAGAUGAAAUGAUUGAGUUUACAUCCCCCCAGUCUCGGUUUGACGAAAAGGAGGCCUCGCAAGGCACAGUUGCUGUCGACUACUCUGGAGCCUCAAAGAAGACCGACCCCGAAGAGAUCCAACUCGUCCGAAAGCUGGACCUCUACAUCCUACCUAUCAUGUGGGCGAUGUACUAUCUCAACUGGAUUGACCGCAACAAUCUCCCGCAGGCACGCCUCAACGGCAUCGAGGAAGACCUCAACCUCAAAGGCGUGCAAUGGAACACCGCCAUCUCCAUCUUGCAGGUGGGUUAUGUGCUUAUGCAGAUCCCAUCCAACAUGUUCCUGACCCGAACGCGCGCGUCGAUUUACAUGCCGGUGUGCAUGAUGGGCUGGGCUGUCAUAUCAGCAUGCACGGCUGUGGUCACUAACUUCAGUGGCCUUGUCGCCUGCCGCUUCUUCCUCGGCUUCGUGGAAGCUCCAUUCUACCCCGGAGUCCUGUAUAUGCUGUCCAUCUUCUACACCCGCAAGGAGUUGGCUUCGCGCAUUGCUAUCAUGUAUACCGGACAGAUCGUUGCCAACGGGACUGCAGGGCUGAUUGCGGCGGCGGUCUUUUCGACCCUGGAUGGAGCACAUGGCAUCAAAGGCUGGCAAUGGCUUUUUAUCGUCGAAGGUGUGACCACUUUCGGUGUCGCGUGCGUCGGUCUGUACCUCAUGCCGGACGAACCAGGCCACACACGGUGGCUAACUCCUCGAGAGCGCGAACUCGCUGUUGCCCGGAUCCAACGCGACAUCGUUGGCAUAGCGCCCCGCGGCAGCACCAUGGAUGGCUUACGGCAAGCCGUACGCGACCCCAAGACCUGGCUCUUCUGUCUGAUGCAGAACCUGCACAUCAGCGCCUGCUCGUUCACAUUCUUCUUCCCCACGAUUGUGAAAUCGAUGGGCUUCUCCAACAUUACGGCGUUACUCCUGACCUCUCCACCAUACUUCGUGUCUGGAGCUGUCGGCAUCGUAAUUGCGUGGACAUCCGGCCACUUUAACGAGCGCACAUGGCAUAUCACCGCGACGCUGCUGCUGGCGAUAGUUGGCUUCAUUAUUAGUAUGUCCACGCUCAACACAGCAGCGCGAUAUGCGGCUUCCAUUCUCUUUGCCACCGGUGCUUUCGGCGUUGGCAGCGUCAUCUUGGGUUGGGUUUCCGCUACCCUCUCGCAGACGCCCGAGAAGAAGGCCGUGGCCUACAGCAUGGUCAACGUUUGUGCCACCAUUGCAUAUCUGUACACAGCCUAUCUCUGGCCGAGUCACGAUGGGCCAAGGCAGCUUGCUGUGUGCUUGGGCCAUGAGGGUGUGGUUGAUGAAGCUCAACAGGAAGAUGCACGAGGACGAGGAUGA